AUGGAGACAAGCAAGCAGCAUGUUGAGAUGGUUGAGGAUGUGCAACCUCUUCCUCCAGCUCCGCAAGAGCAGAAGUUCCCAUCGGCACCACCAGUAAUCGCUCUGAUAGCAAUCAACUCGAUGGCCCUUGCUCAAAUCAUCAGCGUCGUUGGCUCUGGCGUUCUUGCCAACCAAACGACCGCCUACUUGGGUGAUUCUUCGAAAGCAGGAUGGCUGAGCAUGCCUUUGACCAUAUUUACACUUGCCUUCAGCCCUCUUCUCAGCCAGGCUGCUGAUUAUUGGGGGAGGAAGUGGAUAAUCGUUACGACCGCAGUCGGCGGGCUUACAGGCUCGAUCAUCAUCUCUAGAGCUCAGACUGUAAAUGCUCUGAUUGCCGGUUUCUGUAUAGUUGGAUUCUCGUUUGGAGGCCAGGCACUCUUCUAUACGGUCGUCUCCGAGAUUGUGCCCCGGCGAUUUCGAGCUGUUGCACAGGCCACGCUCAACUUCACUAGUGGAAUCGGAGGUAUUAUUUCUUUACUGAUGGGAGGAGCUCUAUUGAAAGACGGGGAUUAUGGAAAAUACCGUAUCUAUUGGUAUGUGGUUGCGGGUCUGUUCUUUAUCUCGAUCGCUGGCGUGGCGUUUUGCUUCAACCCCCCGCCACGGCAGCUCGAGAGCAUUCUUACAACUAGACAAAAGUUGGCCUCACUGGACUGGAUCGGUGCAGGCCUCCUAACUGGCAGUCUGACACUCCUUGCAAUUGCCUUGGAGUGGUCGGGUAAUCCCUAUACGUGGGGUGACGCCGACCCCCAUAUCAUUGCACCAUUUACGAUCGCCAUUGUUCUUCUCAUGGCCUUUGGCUUCUACGAGUGGAAAGUGAAGAAGGACGGACUCCUAGACCACAGGAUGUUUCAUGACAGGAACUUUCUCAUUUGCCUGGUUACCAUCUUUACCGAGGGCAUGUCAUACUUCACCAGCAACAGCUACUAUGCCUAUGAGGUGCAGGUCUUGACUGAUGAGAACCUCUUUGACGCGGGCCUCAAGUACUCGAUUGUAUUUUUCUCAGCAGGUUUCGUCUCAGUCUUAGUAGCCGCCUAUACAACCUGGACUAGGCAGCUGCGAGAGCCCUUGAUCCUUGGAUUCAUCUUCUUGACGGUAUUCAAUUCUCUCAUGGCAACCGUCACCUCGCACACCUCGAGCAACGUCUUCUGGGGCUAUCCAGUGAUCUGUGGAAUGGGUAUAGGCGUCUUGCUGACGAACUUGACGGUAAUUACUCAGAUGAGCACCCCUCCAGAGAUGGUAUCUAUCACUACCGGUAUUCUCACGGCAACCCGAAGUCUCGGCGCCACGGUGGCCCUUGCCGUCAAUGGCGCCAUCUUCAACGGCGCCCUCACCUCGAAUGUUGGAUCCAAGGUAGCUUCCGCGGUUCUUCCCCUCGGGUACCCACCCGAUGAGCUAGGGGUCUUGAUCCCAGCUUUCCUAUCUGGAGAUCAGUCAGCAAUUCAAUCUAUCCCGGACUCGACCCCCGAGGUGCUUGAGGCGGCCGGAAGCGCCGUGAAGAGCGCAUAUGCUGCCUCGUUCCGGAAUGUGUGGAUUUGUGCAGCUUCAUUUUCGGCCGUGGGCCUUCUAAUCGCGUGCUUCUUACGAAAUGUCAAGUCGGAAUUCACUUCCACCAUUGACGCCCCGCUUGUUGUUGCCCCAUCGAAGUAUGAUGAAGAGGGCGAGAAGCGUGGGUGA